UCUUCUUGAGGCUUAGCGUUUAGGGGGAGGGCUGUGACGUCUCCAAAAUUUUCUCUCUCUCCUCCCCCUCUCUGCCACGAAAAAUCAAAUGCAAGUUUCCGUGUUCCAACCCACAGAGAUGUAGCAGCCCAAGUUUUGUAAUUCGUCGACAAGAAAGGGUGUGUCUUGGUCUGGUUUGGUUGCUGGUUCGUUUGAGGUGUUUGUGUUUGUUUGGUGGGUUGGAGAAUGGCAAAUGGAGAAGAGAAAAGCAAUGACUUUUAUCAAGUGUUGGGGUUGGAAAAGGAAUGCUCUGCUUUGGAGCUCAGGAAUGCUUAUAAGAAACUUGCUCUGAGAUGGCACCCAGAUCGUUGUUCAGCUUCAGGGAACUCAAGCUUCGAGGAAGAAGCUAAGAAGAAAUUCCAGGCCAUCCAACAAGCCUAUUCUGUUCUAUCUGACACGAACAAAAGGUUUCUGUACGAUGUAGGAGUGUAUGAGAGCGAUGAUGACGAAAAUGGAAUGGGUGAUUUCUUGAAUGAAAUGGCAGUCAUGAUGAGCCAAACACAGUCUAGUGGAAAUGGGGAGGAGAGCUUUGAGGACUUGCAGGAGCUGUUUGAAGAGUUGUUUAAAGGGGAUAUUGACACAUUUGGCUCAAGCAUACAGACUACUACUUGUUCUACUUCGUCCUCGUCUUCGUCGUCAUCAUCCUACACAGCUUAUUGUGAGAGUUCUAGUUCCAGCAACAAACGCAAUUCCUCUGAAAUGAAUUUUGGGAAAACAAAUUUGGUGGAGGAUACCUCUGGCUUUGAUGCUAACUUUCAGAAUUUCUGUUUAGGGGUGGAGCACCGACAGGAUGUCGGAAAGGAGAAGGGAGUUCGAGGAGUUGGAGGAGGAACCAACGGUAGACGAAGGCGUGGCAGGCGGCAAAAGGUUUCAUCCGGUCACGAUGUCUCCACCAACGACUACUCCGGUUCCGGUAUCUCAGCUUGAUGAUCCACUGAUUGCAGCCAGCUUACCAUAUAUAUUGACAUGAUCAAGAUAAUGGGUUUUGCUUAUUUUCAAUCUUAAUGUCUAGUUGUAGUGUAAGGGGUUCAAGUUUUUUGUUAUGUUAUUUGAUUUGAAAACGAA